CGGGGCUGAGACCCUCCUGGGACGGGGAGGCUGGGGCAGAGGGGACAGCACGCCAGAGUGGAGGCCGGCGGGGAUGUGCGGUGCUGGGGCGCAGCACAGGGGUGGCAGGGGCAGGGAGCAACCGGGCACCGGCGAUGCUGAGGUCCAGAGAGCCAAGGCCAAGGCCCUGCGCCGCUCCCGGCCUGAGCACCUCGGGGUGCCCGGGGCUGGGGACGCAGCCUGGGCACUGCCAGCAGCCCCCCCGGGGUCACAGCCCCCUGAGCAGAGCCAGCCCUGCGUUACCCCACGCCAGGCGCGGGUGCCACUGGAUGUCACCCUUGUGCUGUGCGAGCCCACGCCAGCCCCGGGCCUGUCCCCACGGCCACCCUCACCCCGGUGUGUGCACACGUGUGUGCACAUGCACAUGCACAGCCCCCAGCCAGCCCCUGCAGCCUUGGCCCCCAGUGCCGGGGGAUUUCUCAACUCGGGGCGGGGGGAGAAAAACCCAUCCAGAGCAAACCUGGCAGCGGGAAAGGGCUCUGGGAACGCACCCCCUCCCCGCGGCCACUCCGCUGCUGACCUUUGCACAAGCACCCUCGGAGGCGGCUGUUGGGGAGGGUAUAAAGUGGGAGGCCGGGGCUGCCCCCACGGAGCAGAGCCCCAGCGCAGCACGGCCAGGUGAGUGGGGAAGCCCCCGGCAAGCGUCAGGGCCGGGACAGGCGCCAGGCACCGGGGAGAGGGGUUGGGGACGGGUCCCACGCCUGCCGCCCCACGCCACGUGCUCUGCUCUCUCCCCAGCCAUGAAGGUCUCAGUCCUGCUCCUGCUCGUCUGCGUGGCCGUCCUGGCGGUGGGAGCACGGGCCGACACGCCCGAUGACACGGACACGGUGGUGAGGAAAGUGCAGGAGUACGUCAAGCAAGCCACCGACGUGGUCAAGUCGGUCUUCACCACGGUGCAGGAGUCAGAGGCAGCUCAGCAAGCCAGGAAAUGGCUGUCGGACAACGCCGACGUGGUGAAGCAGCAGCUGGCCCGGCUGAAGGAGCAGCUCUCGGAGUUCUGGAAGCUGACGCCGGGCGCGUAGCCCCGCCGCGGGCUGGCGGGGGGCGGCCGGGUGCGGGUCCCACCUGGCCACCGGCCCCGGCUCCCCCACGGAGCGACGCGUCCCCUUCGUGGCGGUUCUUGUAAUAAAGUGGAGCUGAAGCGAGA